AUGGCGCACCCAGCGACAGACAAUCAACAUCCGCAGUAUCUCGAGCCAAGCGAAUUAGGCACGCGGGAGUAUUGGGAAACAUUCUAUACCCGCUCUUUGGAGCACAUCGCCUCAAAGAAGAGCAACACCACCGAGGCGAACGAGCUCGAAAAACAGACAUACAGAAACAACGAAGACGAUGAUGACGAUGACGACGAUGAUGAUGAUGACCCCGGCACAUCCUGGUUCUCCGAACACGACGCUCCAGGCAAAGUCUUGCGAUUUCUGACGUCGCGCACAUUCCCGCUUUCGCCGCGAAAUACAAGCAGACACACUGCCACAGAUGCAUACCCGAGUAUACUAGACCUCGGCACGGGGAAUGGGAGUAUGCUGGCCCUCUUACGUAAACGUGGUGGGUUCAAGGGCGUUAUGGUGGGGGUUGAUUAUUCGGCGCAGAGCGUGCAGUUGGCGAGGGAGUUGCAGCGGUUGAAGCUGCAUGCUGCGUAUGAGUCUGGUGAGGACACGGAAGAUGACGAGGAUGAUGAAGGGGAUGAUGACGAGCAUGAAGAUGUUGUCGUUGCAGCGACCACAGCAUCGACGAAUGCGAAUAACAAUGAUAAUGCUGUGGUGCAUGCAGAAGCCAUCCCUCUCCAAGAGCAGGACAUUCGCUUCGAGGAAUGGGAUAUUCUCGACCCGGCGAAUGAGAACAUUCUUUCGCACGCAGAAGACGAUAAGAAACUGCCCUGGUUCCCGUAUCAGGCACGCGGCUUCGACAUUGUGCUUGACAAAGGCACGUUUGACGCUAUUUCGUUGUCAGGUGAGACUCAGGAUGGGGCAGCAAGGACAAAAACGCAUAUAUGCCACAAAUACCCCAUUAUUGCGGCCCAGCUCGUGCGGCCGGGGGGAUAUUUGGUUGUGACUAGCUGUAAUUGGACGGAGGAUGAGUUGGUGAGGUGGUUUACGGCUGCUACGACUACCGAUGGUGGUGAUGCUCGGGAGUUGGAGGUUUGGCAUAGGCUGGAGUAUCCGCGGUUCAGGUUUGGGGGUCAGGAGGGACAGGGUGUGUGUACGGUGUGUUUCAGGAGGAAACUAUAG